GGUUUUUCUGUAUCCACUGAGCAUCAAAUAGAUGAUAACCACUUCAAUGGCGAUUCUCCAGCACGUGUGCUCCUUCCCACUGUCACGUGCCGUUCGCCGGACACGCUCUUUCACCAUCGCAUCCUCCGAACGCCUCUCUACCUCCGUCGCAACGCCCCCGCCGGUUGGCUCUCAUGUGGACCCUCACGUCCUGCUUGGCAUGUCUGAGCCGGAGCUUCUACAGCUCGCCUCCAAUUUAGGUCAGCAAAAUUAUAGAGGGAAGCAGCUCCAUCAAUUGAUUUACAAGAGAAAAAUUAAAGACAUUCAGGAUUUUAGUCAAUUGCCACAGGCACUCAGAAACUCUCUUCAAGAAGCAGGGUGGAAAGUUGGAAGGUCACCAAUUUACCGUACAGUUACUGCAGCAGAUGGCACUGUUAAGUUGCUGAUAAAAUUGGAGGACAAUAGAUUGAUUGAAGCUGUUGGUAUACCAGUACAAGAUGAGAAAGGUUUAAUGCGUCUUACUGCAUGCAUUUCAUCCCAGGUUGGUUGUCCCUUGCGCUGCUCGUUUUGUGCCACCGGGAAAGGAGGGUUUUCAAGAAAUCUUAAAAGGCAUGAAAUUAUUGAGCAGGUUUUGGCAAUUGAGGAGAUCUUCAAAAAUAGAGUGACGAAUGUAGUUUUCAUGGGAAUGGGUGAACCAAUGUUGAACUUGAAGGCUGUACUUGACGCACACCGAUGCUUGAAUAAGGAUGUGCAAAUUGGACAAAGAAUGAUCACGAUUUCUACUGUGGGAGUACCAAACACAAUUAAAAGGCUAGCUUCUCAUAAACUUCAGUCUACAUUGGCCCUGAGCUUACAUGCUCCAAACCAGAAGCUUAGAGAAACAAUUGUGCCAAGUGCAAAAUCCUACCCACUAGAUGCAAUUAUGAAAGAUUGCAGGGACUACUUUAUUGAGACAAACCGACGAGUGUCCUUUGAGUAUGCACUUUUAGCUGGGGUGAAUGAUCAAGCAGAGCAUGCAAAGGAACUCGCUGAGUUACUCCAUGAGUGGGGACGUGGUUCUCAUGUGAAUCUGAUACCUUUCAAUCCAAUUGAAGGCUCUGAUUAUCGACGACCGUCAAAAAGGGCGGUGCAAGCAUUUGCAGCUGCUUUGGAAUCUCGUAAAAUAACAGUAAGCACUCGACAAACAAGAGGCACCGAUGCUAGUGCAGCAUGUGGGCAGCUAAGAAAUGAAUUCCAGAAAAAUCCGUUAGUUUCCGACUCUGACAGCGCUCUACCAGAAGAACAAGAAAUUGCAGUCGCAUGCUAAUGGCCCGAUAAUACUGCUCGACUCCUUGUAUAAUAGACACUGCAAAACUGCAUUCACACAUUUCGGAUCUUUCACGUCCUCAAAUCUGCUGUGAGUGGGUCAGAUUCUUUCAAAUCGAUGCAGACAUGAAGAGGCCACCUAGAUGGAUACUUUCUGCUGAUCUGCCUAUGGGUACAAACUUAUUAAUUUUUUCUUGAAUUUUAGAAGUUGAGUGUUUUCUUUAUGACUUUUAAAUUUUAGAUAACUGGAAUUUCUCAAGGGGUUUCAGUUAAAUGAAACUAAUAUAUAAAUCAGGGGAAAAACAAUAAGUUUUCGAAAUUCAUGAAAAAAAGAACUAUAUUUAAUCUCAAGGGGAUAGUAAUUUGCCCCUUUUUAGGCUGUGUAUAUGUUCUGGUAGCUAAUAUUGCUGCGAAAAUUUACGAAAAUUAUGUAAUUUUAUUAGAUGAAAUUAUUAUUUUUUUCUUGUCUUUUUAA